UCCCCUGUUAUCCUAUGGUUACAAGAAAACUCCUAAUAAUGAGGUUGACACGCUGCUGAAGGAACGUGACUUAGCCAUCAAUGCCUUAAAAGAACACCUGUGUGUAGCCUAGAACAGGAUGAAGAAAAUGGCUGAUCGAAAUAGAAGAGAGUUAAAAUUUAAGGUAGGAGAUGAAGUCUACUUGAAAUUGAGACCUUACCGGCAACGCUCCUUGGCUCGGAAGAAGUGUGAAAAGUUAGCACCUAAAUAUUACGGACCCUACAAAAUUACUGAAGAAAUAGGAGCAGUUGCGUACAGAUUGAUGUUACCGCCGGAAGCCAGUAUCCACAAUGUGUUCCAUAUUUCUCAGUUAAAACUGAAACUGGGUAGUCAACAAGCUGUUCAACACCAGCAACCUAGGCUAACGGAAGAGUUUGAGUUACAAUUAUGGCCGGAAACAGUGUUGGGAGUCCGUUGGAAUCGGGAAUUGGGAGGAAAUGAAUGGUUACUUAAGUGGAAAGGGCUGCCGGACAGUGAAACAACUUGGGAAUCUGUUUUCCAAAUGAACCAACAAUUCCCUGACUUUCACCUUGAGGACAAGGUGAACCUGGAACCGAGGGGUAUUGUAAGGCCCCCUAUUAUCCAUACAUACAAAAGGAGGGGUAAAAACGUAAAAGCUCACGCAGCAGAAAAGGGGAGAAUAUUAGGAAAAGAACAUGAGAGUGGGGCCCACGGGAAGAAUGAGAAAAGAGCUAUAAAUAAGGCCUUAUCGGGAUUGGGGGCUAGGUUAACUUUUUGUCUUCAUUUGGUCUGUAGAGGCUGCUAGGUCUAGGAAGGACUACUAUCUUUUCCUGGGGAGGUUUGACAUGAUAUUAUCAUCUUUAUUGCUUUCUUUUAUAUUUCCUUCUACUGUAUCUCUUGGCAUUUAUAUAUAAAUAAAGAUCUACAGAGUGCUGUCUCUGUUUGCCAAC